AUGGAAAAAUCAAUAGGGAUGUCUAUGUUUAACUCGAGUGGUUCCGCUCCUUCAAGUCUCUUCACAUCCACUCCAUCUGUUGAAUUCAAGUAUAAAAUAAUUGAGGGGGAACCACCUACUUUAGGUAGUUCUAGGCUCUUUGAAGACGAUGUUUUUGAAGAAACAUUCACCUUUGAUUACCCACCUCGUCCAAGAGGACAAUAUGAGAUGGCUUUCACCCCUCAAAUUCUUAAGGAAAGUGAUAUAGAUUCUAGAGUAGUGACUCAUUCAGCAACCAAGAAUGAAUGUCUAAGAGCAAGCUUUCUAUCCAUAAUAGAGCCCAAAGGAAUCAAAGAUGCUCUACAAGAUGCAGAUUGGGUAAAAGCAAUGCAAGAAGAUUUAGCUGAAUUUGAAUGCAACAACGUGUGGGACUUAGUGCCAACACCAGAAGGAGUAUCAAUUGUUGGUUCAAGAUGGGUCUAUAGAAACAACAGUGAUGAAGAUGGAGUUAUCAUCAAGAACAAAGCCAGAUUGGUUGUCAAAGGCUACUCGCAACAAGAAGGCAUAGACUAUGAUGAAACCUUUACACCUGUUGCAAGAAUAAAAGCCAUUAGGAUUUUCUUGGCAUUUGCUGCACACAAGAACUUUAAGGAUAAUGCAAGUUGUUAUCACAAUUAUGCAAAUGAAGAUGGUUAG